AUGUCUGGCUAUGAUGGGACGGGUCAACCGGGGCUCAUGAAAUAUCAAUCUCCUGUCAUCGAGAACCCGAUGUUCUACAGCAGCUUUCCUCCCACUCCGUACGAAACGCACCCUCUUCUCCAGCCUGGAACCUCCCAGGAAGCCGACUUUCAGUACCUAGCUGGAAGUGACUAUUCCUCCGAGAAGAGCUUUGUGAAAGGCAGUGCCCCGUCUGUGGAGUCUAACGACCGGAAUGAUGUAGAUGUGAGAACGGCCAACGCCCAUCACCAUCGCAUCCCCUCAUCUCAGGCUAUUCCAACACUCCCUCGCAAACGCAAGGCCUCGACCGAGGACGCGUACGAUCUUCCUGCUCAAAAGAAAGCAGUACUCGCUCAAGUCCAAGUCCAGGAUCCCAAUGGCGACUACUACGACCUCAGCGGUCAGACAUCCCCUUAUUCACCCUUCGUACCGACCCCAACUGGCAGCACUGGGCUCCCUGCGUACGUCAGCCGCGGCGCCUCCCCUAGACCUUCUGGUCACCAUUAUUCGACCUCAACUGCUUCUCAGGUCUCUUUGGCUGCUCCUUCGCCACAUACGCCUGCGUUCAGCCCCUCAUUCACCACUGUCAAGAGCGAGCAGAGUCCAGGAGCGCCAAUGACCCCUAUCCCACGCCCAACAACCAGUUCUCCCUUGAAAUCCUCAGUCCCCAAGCUCGUUCGCACUUCCACGAUGCAACAAUCUCCCACAGCUCCGUGCUCGAGCAUCGCCAUUGGGCAGACCCAGACCCUCAACCCAUACGCCUUGUCAACCCUCAAGGCUAAUCUCAAGCUCAAGGGUGACCUGGACAGCAUGAAAGAAGACUGGACUGCUGAAGAGAAGGAAACCCGCCGGCGCCUUGUGGUGUUCGACCGAGAGCAAGCCGGCAGCACCAUCUCAGCUACCUUCAAGGCAGUCGCUCCUCAGGAUCGCCAGGCAAGCAGCAUUUGCAUCAGUUGCAUCUGGUGGAAAGAGAAGAACGAGUACUACGUCACUUCAGUCGACACGAUCUAUCUUCUCGAAGCCCUGGUCGGCGUCCGUUUCACUGUUGAGGAGAAGAACCGCAUUCGUCGCAACCUGGAAGGCUUUCGCCCUUUGACGGUCUCCAAGGCCCGAUCCGACAGUGAGGAAUUCUUCAAGGUCAUCAUGGGCUUUCCUCACCCAAAGCCGCGCAACAUUGAGAAGGACGUCAAAGUCUUCCCAUGGAAGAUCCUGGCCACCGCAUUAAGGAAGAUCAUCUCCAAGUACUCUGCGAGCUAUUCUUCGGCUGGGCUUCCCCUUCUUACCCCUGCUUCUUCCAUCUACAGCGGAGAAGGUAUGUCUGAGUAUCAGUAUCCUUCUUCGCCGCAUCCAGAAUACAUGGCCGCCCCGGGAUAUCCAAUGAAUCCUGAGAUGGGAUACGUUCCCCAAGCUGUCCAGAUGCGCCUGCCCGGGCCUGUCGUGACUGGACCACCCGAGUUGCAGUUGCAGAUGCCCGAGUACGUGCCAACCUACGACGUCAACGGCCAAUAUAUCUAUCAGAACGGAGCCCCAGUCACCCAAGCGACAAUGGCUAUGCCAGCCCACCCAUUGACUGCUCCGAUUACUCGCAUGCCUAUAUGGGACUACGCCAGCUUUGUCAAUGAUAGCCCAGUUGCCAUUGCACCACAAAGUGCACCGCCUACAGCCUACCCACGUGGCAAUAUGGUCGAAGCGGCCGACUUCAUGCCCCUCAUGCACUAUCAACAGCACUAA